UUAACCACACAAUGAACAACAAACUAAAAAAUAUGAAACAAAAUAUAAAUUAUCUAGUUUAAACAUGAGGUCACGGUUAACAAUUUGGUGACCACUGGCCUAGCAGAACCCAAUGAAUGAACAACAUAUGUAACCUGCCCUCAGUCAGGGUCUUUACAAGUGUAGACAAACACAUCAGUAAUUGGAACUGCGCAGCUCAGCAAUGUUUUGUCUUUCGUAGAAAGAUGCAUCCAAAGUUUGUCGCUACACUUUAGUCACCCGGUGCACCCCAAUGGCGACACUGUAUUCUACCGUAGUAGUGUCAUGAUUCCAUUGAAUGCAUUAAUUUGUAUCCUAUUUCACUCAGUCAGUUUCGGUUCCGGUUGGGACCUCUCGCCCUUAGGCAUCCACGAGUUUACCAUCAUACACGUGUCACUCUACAAAUCGCGCGCCUUCCUAACAAUCGAUGGCCCCAACGCUAGUCUGGUUGAGGCAUCGUGGCCUGAGAACAAAAUCGGUACCCGACCUCGCGUUUUAUGUGACCAUGAACCCAAUGUACUCCGCGAGUGUUGCGAUCAGUUGAUCCAUGUGAUCUCCACGGAUAUCGAUUCCGGUGCACGGUUGUGGAUUUUGGAUCGCGGUGACGACGAAGGACUGUGCAGCCCAAAACUGGUGAUUCGAAGUUUAAUUUUAGUGGGCAGUAAGGAGAUUCAAUAUGAGUUCAGCACAUCGAGUAACACAUUCCACUCGGUAGUGGUCGACCCAAUUAAAGCAUCUGACGGAGAUACUCGGGCGUUUGUGACCAUGCUUGAUACCGAUUAUCUACUGCUGUUUUCGCUGUCAAAGCAGACCUUUGGGAAGCUGAAGUUUGAGAGAAAAGACCUAUCUCCAAUCAGCCCAAUUUCGCUGUCAGAGAUUGCCAUCAACCAGAACCAUCUGUACAUCUCGGACAGUCUAACUGGCCGUUUGUUUCAGCUGCCAGUGAAAACCAUUCGCCAGCUUUCGUUCCCCGAGGAAGGAGUGCAAAAGAUGAUUUUGAAAACUAGUGUAACCUAUCUCGGCCGAUUGCUGGGUCGUGGUAAAGGACUGAAGUUGGACCUGUGGGACAAUCUGUACUACAUCAUUCCCAGAGACGGAGCAAUCGUUAAGUGGAAACCUUGUCAUACGUUGAAGGCGGAAAACCAUUUGGUGAUUUAUCAGCGAGAAAUAAAUGUAAGUCAGAUUAUUUUUGGCGUGGGCAGCAAGGCAUGGGUCAUCGCGAGUGAAUUCGCUUCGGAGGAAACAAAGCGGCACUGUUUGAGAAUCAAUAAAUGAUUAUUUGUUUU